AUAAAUUAUUCAGUGAUUUGGUAGUCCUAAUCAAAAAUAUAUAAAUUACUCUAAGAGCGGUUACUUAUUAAGUAAUUUUAGAAUAUAUUUAAUUUAUUUAUAUAUAAAUCACAAAAAAUCACAAUGAAUAAAUAUAUCUUGUUCCUAUUCUGCUUGUCGGCCUUACACUAUCAGGCCAUGUCCCAAUGCCCAAGACAACUAAAUUUCGUUAGGCAACUACAGCAAGAUGUCAUUGAAACACCAAGAAAUUUUGUACAACAUCAACCAACACUAAUUGCGGAAUCACCAUGUAAUUGUCAAGUCGCUUUGAAUCCAACCGUGCCUUCUUCAACGACAAUUAUAACAGAUUGUUCACCAACAGCUUGCAAGAACCUAGCGAACACAUUGCAACUGAUGAUAGUAUGCAAUUUGCUGCAAAACUCUAAAGGCGGUUCGGAAUUAGCCUUACAAUUGGCCGCGCCAAUGAUAAAUGAAUUGUUCACAUCACCGACUUUAAGUUGCGGCUGUUCAAACCCAUUCGCGGCUGGUUCACCUAAUUUCGUUACUCCUAAUGUCGUUUCGCCUAAUAUUAUUUCGGGUUUGACUAACACCGUCUCCGGUACAGCACCAUUUUUGACAUAUGCAACUAGUGGGUUGCUUUCUGGAUUUUGAUUUUGAAUUUAGAAGUUAAUUUAUUUAUUAUUUAUUCAGUGUUGGUGUGUUCAUUAAAGUUAUUAUUCUUUUU